GAAUGCUAUGUUCGACUGUAUGAUGAUCCUAAAAUCUUACGCAUCAGCCUUCUAGUUCGUCAAUUCUAUCAUCGAGGGCCUCUAUAUGAUCUGCGGAACAAGCCCGGUGCCAGUGCGAUCAUGACACGCAACCGUACCGUGGUCCGUAGCUAUGAUGCGGUAUUGCCAAUCGUCAGCAGCCUCGUGGCUCAAAUAAUUAAGUACAAAGUGCUAGCACACAGUUCAUAAAAUGUCCCAGCUGUUGAAUUUUGUAGGUCCUUUCGCUCGUUUGUUCCACAAAACAUGACGCGUUCAGCCCACCUACCCAAGCUACUGUCGCUGUUGUGUAUAUUUCCCUGUGCUCUAGCUGGCUCGUUUUCGUCGGCAACAACUUCAUCCAAUUCUUCGUCAAGUGAUACAAUAAGCUUCACUACAACUUUCGCACCCGCCAACAUCCCAGCCGCGUCCACUACAGCCGGUGUCGUCACUAUUCCACUCUCUAACUAUUCAUUCAUUCCCUACCCUACACCUACUCUCAACCCUCGCCCCCCGGUUUUCCCCGCAACCGAUCCUUUGAACCCUCCCAAUGUCAGCAGCGAUCCGCACAUUGUGCCCGAUUUUGCGCCUGCGUGGGCCGCUGCCUACCAGAAGGCCAAGAACCAUAUAUUAGAUUAUACCAUGGAGGAAAAAGUCAGCAUCACCACUGGAGUCGGUUUGGGGAAUGGCUUCUGCAUUGGUAACACCCCACCCAAUAAGAACUUCCCUGGUUUGUGUCUUGAGGACUCACCUCUCGCCGUCAAUUAUGUAGACUUUGCGACUGUGUUUCCAGCUGGCAUUCAGGUAGCGUCCACCUGGAAUCGUGCUUUAAUGCGUGCUCGUGGCCUGGCUUUGGGUCAAGAGUUCAAGGGCAAGGGCGUCAACAUUGCCAAUGGCCCAAUGAUGAAUAUGGGACGCAUCCCUCAAGGUGGCCGCAAUUGGGAGGGUUUCGGUGCCGACCCUUUCCUGGCCGGCGAGUCUGCGUAUGAGACAGUUUUAGGCCUGCAACACGGCGGAGUACAAUCCUGCGUCAAGCACUUCAUAAACAAUGAACAGGAGCAUUUUCGAGGUAUAGAAUCCUCAAAUGUUGAUGACCGGACUCAACAUGAGAUUUACGCGCACCCGUUCCUGCGCAGCGUCAUGGCUGGUGUUUCAGCCGUCAUGUGCAGCUACAACCUCAUCAACGAAACCUACGCAUGCAACAACGACAAGAUGCUCAAUGACAUCUUGAAGCGGGAGUACGGUUUCCAAGGCUUCAUUCUAUCUGACUGGUGGGCGACAAUGUCGACCCUCUCUGCUGUUGCAGGGCUUGACAUGACUAUGCCCGGUGAUAUCAGUGGUGACUCUGGCAACUCCUACUUCGGGGGCAACCUCACGGAAUAUGUGAACGACGGAUAUAUCAGCAUGGCUCGCCUGGACGAUAUGGCAACGCGUAUCAUUGCUGCUUGGUACUACCUUCACCAAGACGAGGACUAUCCUGCAACAAACUUCAACUUAUUCAAUCCGAAUGAUGAAGUGAACAACAAGCAUGUAAACGUGCAGUCGGAUCAUUACAAGCUUGUGAGGGAGAUUGGCGCGGCCGGGACGGUACUUUUGAAAAAUAAAGACGGCGCACUGCCAUUGAACAAACCCAAGAACUUGGUAUUGAUCGGAAGUGAUGCGGGUCCAGGCAAAUCUGGCCCGAACGAGUUUACACAGCAGAUUGGUGGCGGCGGUAGUGAUGGCAUUCUUGCCAUGGGCUGGGGAUCUGGGACUGGUUACUUCCCUUACCUUAUUUCGCCUCUUGAGGGUAUCCAGGAGCGUGCUCGCCAGGAUGGCAGCAGCGUGUUCUGGGACUUUGACGACUGGAACACUGUUCUCGCUGGUAGCAUGGCGUUUGGUCAGGCCGUCGCUCUGGUUUUCACCAACUCGGACUCUGGCGAGGGUUAUCUUACUGUUGAUGGCAACGAGGGCGAUCGUAACAACCUCACUGCCUGGAACAACGGUGAUGACCUUAUCCUUGCUGUCGCCGCGCAGAACAACAAUACAAUAGUUGUCGUAAACAGCGUCGGCCCGCUCAUUUUGGAGCCCUGGAUUGAGCACCCUAACAUCACUGCCGUCGUCUGGGCCGGCAUCCAAGGCCAGGAAGCAGGCAAUUCUAUUGCUGAUGUACUUUAUGGCGCAUACAACCCUUCUGGAAGACUGCCUUAUACCAUUGCCAAGGAUCUUGCUGAUUAUCCCGCACAACUCAUCACUAAUGGUUCUGGAACCGACAUUGUGACAAUCGAUUAUACGGAGGGGUUAUUCAUCGAUUAUCGCCACUUUGAUCAAGCCAAUAUCACGCCGCGCUUCGAGUUUGGCUUCGGCUUGAGCUACACCACGUUCUCGUACUCCGACCUGGGCGUGACUACUAUUCAGUCAUCAAACGUUGAUCAGGCAGAUUUGAUCACUGCGUGGGAGAACGGGGAGGCGUCGCCCAUCGCCGAAGGGUCUUCUACUGCGCUCUGGCUCCAUGAGCCCGCAUUCAAGGUCACUUUCAAGGUCACUAACACUGGAACUCUGUCCGGGACUGAGAUUCCUCAGCUCUACGUCCACCACCCGUCUUCCGCCGGCGAACCUCCUUCGGUUCUGAAGGGAUUUACAAAUGUUGAAAUCGGACCGUACAAUACGAAGCAUGUCUCGAUCACACUCUCCCGCUACGAACUGUCUGUCUGGGACGUCAUUGCUCAAGGCUGGUGCAAACCUGACGGCCAGAUCUCGUUUUCUAUUGGCGCAAGCAGCAGGGACUUUAGGUUGUGGGGUGUUAUCCCUGCUUGAGUUUGUUAUUUAUGCUCGAGAUGCUUUUGACUUGGCGCAUUGAACAGGUUUUGGCGAAUCUACGUCGCACAAGUCGUUCUAGAAUGCAGGAUGGGUCAAAUAUCAUUGCC